CCAGGUGGCCGUGUGCUGGAGGUGGGCUUCGGCAUGGCCAUCGCCGCCACCAAGGUGGAGGAGUUUGACAUCGAGGAGCACUGGAUCAUCGAGUGCAACGAGGGGGUGUUCCGGCGGCUGGAGGACCGGUGUCCCCGGAGAGCGGCACCUCGUCCUGGGGAGCGGCACUUUGCUGCCUUCCGGGGGUCAGAGACCCAGGGGAUCCUGUACGACACCUACCCGCUGUCGGAGGAGACCUGGCACAUGCAUCAGUUCACCUUCAUCAAGGACCAUGCCUUCCGCUUGCUGCAGCCCGGUGGGGUCCUCACCUACUGCAACCUGACCUCCUGGGGGGAGCUGCUGAAAACCAAGUACACCGACAUCGAGGAGAUGUUUGAGGAGACGCAGGUAGGGCAGCUGGUGGAGGCCGGGUUCAAGAGGGAGAACAUCAGCACGACGGUGAUGGACCUAGUCCCCCCCAGGGACUGCAGGUACUACUCCUUCCACAAGAUGAUCACCCCCACCGUCCUGAAGCACUGAGGGUGCCCCCUCCCCUUCCUGCCGGGCUGCCCCGAAGCCACAAGAA